AAUGGCAGCCGCCCGAACCCGGUCAGCCCACGGGCCAGCCCAGCUCUGUGGCUCUGGAGCGGAGUGCUAGAGGAGAUCUCGGGGGUGUAGCCGACUGUGAUCUUGAUUCCCCUUUCCCGACAACACUCAAAGUCCACCACCGAUAAGGAACAAUGAGCACGUCUGAGUGUUUGGACCGUAUGGAGCUCUGUGAGAGCCUGUUAACAUGGAUUCAAACGUUUGGAGUGGAGGCCCCAUGUAAAACAGUUGAAGAUCUGACCAGUGGGAUUGUCAUGGCCCAGGCUCUACAGAAAAUAGAUGCGCAGUACUUUAAUGAAGCAUGGAUUAGUAGAAUUAAACCAGACGUUGGAGACAACUGGAGGUUGAAGAUCAGCAACCUGAAAAAGGUUUUGAAAGGAAUUUUAGAUUAUAAUCAAGAGAUCCUCGGUCAGCAUAUAAAUGACUUCAGGCUGCCAGAUGUUACCCUUAUUGGAGAGCAUUCGGAUGCUGCAGAACUUGGGAGAAUGUUACAACUCAUACUGGGCUGUGCUGUCAGCUGUGAACAAAAGCAAGAAUACAUUCAGACUAUAAUGAGCAUGGAAGAGUCAGUGCAACAUGUCGUCAUGACCGCCAUCCAAGAGCUCAUGAGUAAAGAGACUCCAGUCACCACCGGAACGGACUCUUAUGAGGACCUGGACAGACAACUAAAGAAGACAGUUGAGGAGCUCAAUGAGGCUUUGAACACUAAAGAAGAAAUCGCACAGCGGUGUCGAGAACUUGACAUGCAGGUGGCAGCUUUACAAGAUGAGAAAAGCAGUUUGCUGGCAGAGAACCAGAUUUUGAUGGAGAGACUUAACCAGUCGGACUCUAUUGAGGAUGUGAACAGCCCUGCUGGAAGAAGACACCUCCAGCUGCAGACACAACUGGAGCAACUACAGGAGGAAACAUUCAGGCUUGAAGCGGCCAAAGAUGACUAUCGGAUCCGCUGUGAGGAGCUUGAAAAAGAACUUGUAGAUGUGAAGUCACAGAACGAAGAGCUGUCAUCACUAGCAGAUGAAGCCCAGUCUCUCAAGGAUGAGAUGGAUGUUCUCAGACACUCAUCUGACAAGGUCUCUAAACUAGAAGGCACAAUAGAACACUAUAAGAAGAAAUUGGAGGACAUGGGGCUACUCAGAAGACAGAUUAAGUUGCUAGAGGAGAAAAACACAGUAUUGAUGCAGACCAAUGUUAGUUUAGAGGAGGAGCUGCGAAAGGCGAAUGCUGCUAAGGGGCAACUGGAAACAUAUAAAAGACAGGUGGUUGAACUUCAAAACAGGUUAUCAGAGGAGUCCAAAAAGGCAGACAAAAUGGAGUUUGAAUAUAAAAGACUUAAAGAGAAAGUGGAUUCUCUACAAAAAGAAAAAGAUCGUAUGCGUUCAGAGAGAGACUCGUUAAAAGAGACAAUAGAGGAACUACACUGUGUACAAGCUCAAGAGGGACUCACUUCAGGCGUAUUUCCACUGUUGGGCAGUGAUGGUUCAGACUCUCUGGCUGCUGAAAUAACCACACCAGAAAUGAGAGAACACCUCAUACGUUUGCAGCAUGAAAACAAGAUGCUAAAACUGGCCCAGGAAGGUUCAGACAAUGAGAAAAUUGCAUUAUUACAAAGUCUACUGGAGGAUGCCAACCGUAGGAAAAAUGAACUGGAGACUGAAAACAGAUUAAUCAAUCAGCGUCUUAUGGAAGAAUCGAGUCAGGUGGAGGAGCUGCAGAAGUCUCUCCAAGAACAAGGCUCUAAAGCUGAUGAUUCUUCCAUAAUAAAGAAGAAAUACGAAGAACACAUGGAGAAACUACAGGAGUUGAAUAAUGACUUGCUGAAGAAAAAUGCUGUGAUUGAUGAGAUGGAACCUAAAUACAAUGCCAGUUGCCAACGCGUUGAAGAGCUUGAAGAUGCCUUGAAGAAGAAAGACGAUGACAUGAAACAGAUGGAAGAAAGAUAUAAGAAAUAUCUCGAAAAAGCCAAGAGUGUUAUCCGAACCUUGGACCCAAAACAAAACCAGGGCUCAGGUCCAGAGGUCCAGGCUCUGAAGAACCAGCUGCAAGAAAAGGAGAGGAUGUUACACUCAUUGGAGAAAGAGAUGGACAAGACAAAGACCCAGAGAGAUUACGAGGAGAAGCUGAUUGUGUCUGCAUGGUACAAUAUGGGUAUGUCUAUGCAGAAGAAGGCAGCAGAAGACAGACUGGCUAACACGGGGUCGGGUCAGUCCUUUUUGGCUCGGCAGAGACAAGCUACCAGCUCCCGGCGCUCCUACCCAGGUCAUGUGCAGCCAGCUACGGCCAGGUAGACUGCUUCUGCUAAGAAAGCCCAGCGCCUGUUUUAAGGCUCAACUUUAUCUUUACAGAAGACAUGGUUCUAUGAUUGUGUGGUUUUCAUUUUUGUCUUAAAUUCAAUGAGCUACAGAUUCUAUCUUGCCCAUUUUUAUUAAUAUCUUGACCCUUGCCAAUUCACAACCCAGCAUUUUGAGUUCCCUCCUUAGAUUACAAUGGGUUUAAUCACUCCACAUACAAUAGUUUUUUUUCUACAUCACAAAUAUAGACCUCCUUCCAGAGCCUUUAUGAUUGAUUGAUGUUGGUUUUCUUUGUGUUAAACUGGGAUUUGAAUUCUUUUUUUUAAUAGUUUUAACCAUAGAUUUGUUGUAAAGUGAUGGUUUUGUGCAAUGUUUUGUUGUUUGUAUAUCGUAUUACAUCUGUAAUGUUUGCUUCAAACUUUAGAUAAUCAAUUCACUAAACUUAAAUAUCAUAAAGUAUUUAUGUAACAGAUUUCCUAAACCACAACAUGGUAAAAGUGCAGCAAUAAUGACAGAUGGUUAUCUCUAACUGACAGUUAUUUUGUGUAGCCACUUAAACUGUGCCAGCUUUUACAGGGUAGUCUGAAACAUGCCUUAUGUGCCAUAAAGACACACAAACAUAAUAGAGCUAUAUUUAGACUGAAUACCCCAAAACGCUAGCAUGCUGAAUGCAGUGUAUCACAGUUAAAUGCUGGAUAAAUUACAGGCCUUCAAAAGCUUAAUGUAAAAUCGUUUAAUAUCUGUGAUAUAUCUUUAAAUUCAAUAAGCAAUAAUUGGAAUGUUGCAAAUAUAGUCAAAAUCAGAUGUUGCAUCCUACUCAUUCCUUGUGUAUUAGAAGUUUAAUCAGAAUUUCCCAAACAUACAUUCUAAAUACUUCCUGAAUGCAAAGACAGCCUCUCAAUGUUAUUUUGUCAUCUAGUGUGUCUGACUGUUGUCUUUUUGUCUCCUCCCUCAACAGCAAUAUCACUGCAUGAUUGGCCCUUCUCUGAACUGCCAAGCCUGGUUUAGCAUGGUCUUAGUCUGUUCCAGCUCAGGCCUCUGCUGCAUGAACUGUCUUCUGUUUGCAUGAGUUUACAUUGACUACAAACCUCAAGCAACAAACUAAAUAACCAGCAGCCUGCAGCAGCAUGUGAACUAACCCCUGUCCACCGUCAUGCUGUGUAACGGUCACAUGAGUCAGACUCAGUAACUCCAGCUUCUCUAACCCUGUCUGUUUUAACCCCUCUCUUAUGGACCUUACACCUGUCAACUUAGCACAUCAGUCAAGUCUGUUACCACUUGUUUUGUUACAAAUCUCAAACAGACACAAUAUCAGUUUAGCUGACUGUCUGUUACAAAGGAAGUAUUUUAGCUUAGUCUUUUAUUUUAGAUUAUUUUAUAUGGUCUGUUACAUGAUACCUCAAAUAUGUCACCUCCUCAAAUCUUUUGAUGGUAACAUUAUAGGCAUUUGUUAUAAAGAAACAUUUUUGAGGUGUAAGUUACAUUGGCCGUCCUUGUAUGUCACUAUAUUUGACUUUGAUUAUGUCUGGGAGAGGCAUGACUCCAGCACUGUAAUGUUUGGAGCAACAGGCUAAUGACCACUCCUACAGUUGGAAUGAAUUUAGCAGUAAUUUAAGUGUUUUAACAUUUGUUUUGAAUAUGGUUUUAGACAUGAGCCCUUAUUAAGCCUAUCUGUAUUGUUCUAGAGAGCAAAUACAGUUUGCCGUCUGAUGUACUGAUCCAAUGCAGUAUUUGUUACGUUAUUCAUGUAUACUUAACUCUGCAUAUUCAUUGUCUUACUAUGAAAACUAUAUCAGUAUAAUUAACCUAGGUUGCAUCAUGAUAAUCAUAGCCCAUGGAGCUUUUAAUUGCAUAAUAUAUAAUCAUUAGUAUGUUUAAGAGAGGGGCUUAAAGGCUGUUGAUGAGGGCCUUAUGUUACAUUCAUACAGAAACCAGGCCCAAUAGUCUUUUGGUGUAGUAUAACAUUUGACAUUGAUUCUUCAGCCAAAAUGCCAAGCUAACAGCUUACAUACUCUCAUACUCCUUCAGACUUUUAAGUGUUUAACUGUAAAUUAAUUUUGCUAGUAUUAAUUUUUCACUAUAAAAUGAUGACAUAGGAUGCAAAAGAGGUAUGUAUGCAUGAUACAGGCAUAUAUGCAUAUGUCUUAUGAUUGAGAGAGAUGCUUGAAUCCUCUUUGCCCAGUUGAGUGCCUUGAAGUAUUUAAAAGAAUGGGGGCUGGUGGUUUUACAGGACAUUGCCUCCACCCUGUAUGAAAAGAGACUUCUCUUCAAACAAAUGUGUUCAGGCUUAAUGAGGGCUGUAACUUUUAAUUUUACUAAAUGUAUAUUGUGUAACCUAAUAUUGAUUCAUGCAGUGCAUCUUAAUGGCGUAUUUAUUCCUCUGCCACUUUGACAGAUCAGUGUUUUCAUUUGUAUAAUUGCACAUAUUUUAACUGUUGGAGGUGAUGUGAACUCCCCAUAUGGCAUUUUGUACUGUAUAUUCUCCUAUGCAACCAAACAAGCAACACUGACCUGCAGUGUUCUCAUAAACAAGGCACACAUAUUAUUAAAAGGGUGAGUGCAAUUUGGAAACACCGCAUAGAUUGGGGUAUUUUUUGCUUAUAAUUUUAUUUUCAUAAACAUUUUCUUAUUAAAACAAAUUUUACAUUUUAUUUAUUUUAAACUCAAGCAUAAGUCACAAAUACAAACUUGCAGUCAGUAUUAAGCACAUUAAAGUGUCUAAUUCAUAUUGGCAGGUGUACAAAAGUUUUCACAGUCCUCCAUAACCGUCCACAAAUAUCCAUUUUGUGAAAGGCACAGAACACUUCAUCAGGGACUAUUUUGGAGUCAAUAAAUUAUUACUUUUUUUUUUAUUAUUAUUAACUUGUUGCACCCUUUAACUUUUUUCACACCAGCCACUCGUUUUUUACAGUGUGUGUCUUGAGUUGGAGUGAAAGUUUUUUGUUCUUACAUAUGACGUUGUGAUAAAUCAUCGUCACACUAUCGCAAAUUUCUAUAUUUGAAAUCCUUGCGAUGUAAUUUUGGGGUUUUAGUAGUGCAUACGUUACAAACAAAACCUUAAGUUAAUUCCACUGUUAACAAUGGCGCCAUUAACAGGUGAAACUGUGGAACUGCAUUAUGAUUAUUUUAUUUUUAUUUUUUUUACUGAAAACUUUUUUCUCAACAUAUCCAAGUAGCAGAUACCUUUUUCCAUUUGCCAAGUUUUAUAUUGCCUGUAUAUGACUUCACUUUGUAUAGACAUAGUGUCAGAAGUGCAGUUCUCCAGUGGAUAAUGUUGUGCUUCCUACACUGCAAAACCUGGAGAUACCAUGUAAAUAAAGCUUGUAUAAAAAGGACCUG